AUGGCCACUGGUGGGCUGCCAGUGGUGAGAUGCAUCGAAGUGCUGGCUCCGCCCAGGACAGUCAGCUCGAUGGAAGGGAGCACAAAAACCAGCUCCGAGAUGUCAGGACAGAAGAGGGAUGACGAUAGCUCCGAGAUGCCAGGACAAAAGAGGAAUGACGAUCCCGGAUCGGAGACGGGAUGGAUCUCCACAAGGCGCUCUGCUCGCCUGAGCAGAGCACCGUCAGACGCCAGCGAGACGGGAAGAGGACGAGCCGUCACUGGCCGCACGGAGGUACUGCCGAAGGUGAAGGAGAGGAAGGUCGCUCCCAAGAAGAAGGUCGUCAAUGAAGAUGGGGACUCGGAGUCGGACUCCUCGGUCAUCUCCGUGGAGUGGACCCCAGCCAGGAGCGACAGCAGGGGCUCCAGGGGAAGAGGCAGGCCACCGACGACGGGCGAUUAUGUGCGGAUCGCUGAAGCGAAGGAGAGGGUCGCCGAGGCCAAAAGGAUCGAGAUGGAGCUGGACAAAGAGCUAGGGGCCUACGAUUUGACCCGGCCGGUACCAGCCCCAAGUAGAGGCAGCAAGCCUAUUCCCGGGGUGGAAGAAGUGAUAUGGGAGGCGAAGUACCUGCCCACCGUGGACCUGCACGCGGAAUUGUUAAGCGGAAGAGCAGCUGAGAGCUCAGCUCAGGGCUGCGCAAGAGGAAAGGAGGACAAUGGCGGAGGACCUGGCGAUGCUUCAGGCAAGAAGUGGAGCGUCCUCAAGGGGACUGCGCCGGCGCCGCCAUCACCGCCGGCGGAUAGGAGACCCCCAACAGUGAGGCGAACGCGCAGAAGGGUCCUGUCGCCUUCCGAGUCGGAACGCGAAGACGUUAAGAGGAGACUGGUGGUGGCGUCCGACAGCCCGCCGAGGGCACUGAUGAGCCCGAUGGAGGCGACGGAGGACACCCCAGCGAUGGAGGUGGAGCAGGUGCGAUCUGUGGAGGAAGUGGCACGGCAGGAGGUAGUGUUCGCCCCAGUGCAGGGAGCAGGACAGCAGGAGAGGCAGAUGGAGCCUCCACGCGUGAGGAAGCCAUCGAGAGAAGAGGAGCACACCCGGACCAGAGAACCACAGAAGGGCGUAGCUCAGGCGCCAGGACUAGAGGGAGUGGUAGCUCAGCUAAUCAGGAAGGUAGAGGAGCUAUCAGCUGAGCUCAGAGGAGUCACAAGGAGGAGGCAGGCCAGCAACAGCGCCCAGCGCAGGGCCCAGCCCAAGCCGCCACCGCGGCCAAGACCGGCCCCGCCGCCACCGUGGCCAAGACCGGCCCCGAGGAGGGCCAUCACCGAAACGGAAGCGGCCAGAAGAACAGCCCGGAGCGUUGCUCCAGUAGCCGCCCCCUUGGUGGCUGCUACCAACCAGGGCAAGAAGGAAGAGACGUGGACCAUGGUCCUCGGCAGGAAGGCCAAACAACAGGCAAGGAGGGAGGUGCAGGCAGCGGCAGGAGCGUUGUCGGCAAUAAAGAAGCCGGUAAACCGGCCUCAGGCAAGGCCACGGGCCAUGGGUAACAAACCGGCCCAACCAGCGGCCAGGAAGAGGGUUAGAGUACCGCGGCCGCCGAGGACGGCGGCGGUGACCCUCAAGGUAGCACCUGGGGGACAAACAAUAUAUUCCCAGGUGCUAACAAAGGCCAGGGAGUCGGUAGCCCCCAAGGAGCUCGCCGAUAUGGGCAUCGACGAGCUCAAGAUAAGGAAGGCGGCCACAAGAGGGCUGGUGCUGGGAAUUCCCGGCGAAGAGGGGAAAGUCAAGGCUGUUCACCUGGCAGGAAGGCUAAGAGAGGUGUUCGGCGAGUCCGAAGUUAAGGUGGCAAACCCGACAAAGACUUGA